UUGUCGUUGUGAAGAUGUCGUUUCGUGUGGUGAGAAGCUCCAAGUUCCGGCACGUGUUUGGGCAGGCGCUAAAGCGUGAACAGUGCUACGACAAUAUUCGCGUAUCGAAGAGCAGCUGGGACUCGACAUUCUGUGCGGUGAAUCCGAAAUUUUUGGCCAUCAUCGUCGAGUCGGCCGGUGGCGGUGCCUUCAUCGUAUUACCUCACAACAAGGUUGGACGAAUUGCGGCAGAUCAUGCACUGGUCGGAGGACACAAGGGUCCCGUGCUGGAUAUUGCCUGGUGCCCGCACAACGACAAUGUCAUCGCAUCUGGGUCGGAAGACUGCGUAGUGAAGGUGUGGCAAAUCCCCGACGGUGGCCUAUCACGAACGCUCACCGAACCGGUGGUGGAUCUUGUUUACCAUCAGCGCCGUGUCGGGCUCGUCCUGUGGCAUCCCUCCGCCCUGAACGUGCUUCUAACGGCCGGCUCGGACAAUCUGAUCGUGGUGUGGAACGUUGGCACCGGCGAGGUGCUGAUGCGCAUGGACUGCCACCCGGACACGAUCUACAGUGCCUGCUGGAACUGGGACGGUUCGCAGUUGGUGACGACCUGCAAGGACAAGAAGAUUCGCAUUCUAAACCCGCGCACCGGCGAGGUAGUGAACGAGGCACUCGCACACGAAGGUUCGAAGGCAACGCGUGCCAUCUUCCUGCGCCACGGAUUGAUCUUCACGACCGGUUUUAACCGAUCAUCCGAGCGCCAGUACUCGCUGCGGGCACCGGACGCGCUGGGCGAUCCGAUCGUGAUGGUCGACCUGGACACGUCGAACGGCGUCAUGUUUCCGCUGUACGAUCCGGACACGAACCUGAUCUACCUGUGCGGCAAGGGUGACUCGGUGAUCCGCUACUUCGAGGUGACGCCCGAACAUCCGUACGUGCAUUACAUUAGCCAGUUCCAGACGCCGGAUUCGCAGCGAGCCAUCGGCAUGAUGCCAAAGCGCGGCUGUGACGUGAGCACGUGUGAAGUGGCCCGCUUCUACCGGCUGAACAACAGUGGGCUGUGUCAGGUGAUCUCGAUGACGGUGCCACGGAAGAGCGAACUGUUCCAGGAGGAUCUGUAUCCGGACACGCUCGCGGACGAAGCUUCGAUAUCGGCCGAAGAUUGGAUCAGUGGGGUUGAUGCCGAUCCGCAGCUUAUCUCGCUCAAGGAUCGCGUUUUUCUCGUACAGGGUGGCUACGUGUCCCAGGCCCAAAGCACCACACUGACCGUGACGAAGAAAUCGAACGUACUGGACAAGAUGGCGCCGAAGAGUGGUGGUCCGAAGACACUUUCCGCAUCGACCGGUGGAUCGGCAGGUGCAUCGGCUAACGGGUCGCCGGUAACGGUCAACAAUGGGACUGGUGGUGGCGGUGGUGGUGGAAACACAUCACCGGCCAACAAUGGAACGCAGCAGAUCACGAUCGGAGGUGUAUCGGAGACACAGUUUGGUGAGCUGAGGACAAAGUUCGAAGAGGAAUUCCGCAAACUGAAGGCAAUCAUCGUCAAGCACGAGAACCGAAUCCGAUCGCUCGAAGCGACGGUUAAAGCAAUGACUGACCGGGGGCUAACGGAGGUGGACGGUGGUCUCGCACCUGCUGCCGCCUCCACCGGCACCUCGCCCUCCCCAGCGCCAGCACCUUCCUCGUUGCCACCCACGUCUGACGAUGGUGCGCAACCGUCGAUCGGGGCGGACGGUGGUGGCGGCCAUUAUCGCAACUCCACCCUCGAACCGGAUGAAGUUUAA